UUUAUGCCAUUCUCCCCGCUCCCCCGAUGGCGCGAUUUUGCUGCGAGUUUCGGAAACGUUUCGGUACCGACCUCGGUGCUGGAUUCCCUGUGUUGCGGGAUCGAUGGGAUCCCAACUUCAACUCCUAAUCAGGGUUGAGUGCUUAGGAAUUGGGAUACUUAGAUAAGACACCUCACGCCCGUUCCGCUGACAGCUCUCCCUCUCACACAGCAGCGCGGUCGCCUGUUGCCUUCCCAGCUGUAACUCAACUCGUAGCCUCUUGGUAGCCACUACCGGCUCUACUUUGUCACACUCGCCUUCCACGUUCUUGAUUCAACAUAUCACAGACCCCGACACGAUGGGCUACACCAAUGGAAACAGGUGGGAGGGCAGCCUGCUAUCAACUCCCGACGAGGCUGUCCUCCCGAUCGCGAUCGUGGGCAUUUCCGGCCGCUUCCCCGGCGAUGCUGAGAACCCCAAGAAGCUGUGGGACAUGAUGGCCGAGGGCAGAAGUGCCCUCUCUGAUAUCCCCGCGGACCGGUUCAACGUCGAUGCUUUCUACCAUCCCCACAAUGAACGCCAAGGCACCGUCAACGUUAAGAAGGCUCACUUCAUGCAGCGCGACAUCUCGGCUUUUGAUGCUCCGUUUUUCAGCAUGUCCAUCGCCGAGGCCAAGGCCAUGGAUCCGCAGCAGCGCAUGGCCCUCGAGUGCACCUACGAGGCUCUGGAGAACGCUGGCGUGCGGAUGGAGGACGUCGAUGGCUCCAACACGGCGUGUUACGUUGGCUGCUUUACGCGCGACUACAGCGACAUGCUCGCCUGCGAUCGUGAAGACUUGCCCCUGUACCAGGGUACGGGCACGGGUUCUGCCAUCAUGUCGAACCGCAUCUCGUGGUUCUUCAAUAUGAAGGGCCCCAGCAUCAGUCUCGACACGGCCUGCUCCUCUUCCAUGGCUGCCCUGCAUCUCGCUUGCCAGAGUCUGCGCACCGGCGAGUCCACAAUGGCCGUUGUCGGUGGCACCAACCUUAUGCUGCUCCCCGACAUCAUGGGUGCCAUGACCAGACUGCACUUUCUGAGCCCGGACGGCAAGUGCCAGUCCUUCGAUCACAAGGGUAAUGGCUACUCGCGCGGUGAAGGUGCUGCAUUCUGCGCCCUGAAGCCGCUCCAUCUGGCCUUGGCGAACGGCGAUGUGAUCCGGGGUGUCAUUCGCAACACAGCCGUCAACCAGGACGGUAACACGCCUGGUAUCACCUUGCCGUCCGCUGAGGCGCAGGAGGCUCUAAUCCGCCGAGUCUACGCCGAGGCCGGACUGAGUCUGGCUGAGACGGCCUACGUCGAGGCCCACGGUACCGGAACUCCUGCUGGUGAUCCGGUGGAAGCGGCCGCCCUGGGAGCCACGUUCGGCAAGGCCAGAGUGCCUGGGAAGCCGCUCUACAUCGGUUCGGUUAAGUCGAACGUGGGCCAUCUGGAAGGCGGCUCCGGCCUGGUCCAGGUGGUCAAGGCCGUCAUGAUGCUCGAGAAAGGCCAAAUCCCACCGUCCAUCUGGUUCGAGAAGCCGAAUCCGCGCAUCCCCAUGGACGAGUGGAACCUGGCGGUCCCGACAAUGCUGAUGCCGUGGCCAGUCGACGGUCUGCGGCGCAUCAGCAUCAACUCGUUCGGUUACGGCGGCACCAAUGCCCACUGCAUUCUCGACGACGCCUACCACUACCUGAAGGCACGACGCCUCAUCGGCAACCACAAUGUCCAGAGCAUAGGUGGCGCGUCGCCCGCCUCGACUGCCGACUCGGGCUCGUUGGACUCGUCGGACCCUAUCCCGUAUGACAAGUUGAGCAGCAGCCCAAAGCUGCUCGUCUUAAGCUCGCACGAACAGGGAGGCAUCCAACGCACGGCACGGCUCUACGGCGAGUACCUCGCGCACAAGCUGAAGGAGGACUCGUCCGCUGGCAGCGUGGGGAUCAAGGAAGACAGGAAGCUACUGGCCAAAUUUGCGCGUACAUUGGCGACGCGACGCAGCAUCUUGCCUUGGAAGUCCUUCGCCAUUGCCGGGACAAUUGCCGACGCCGUCACUCAGCUCGAGAAGUCGGUCAUCGCGCCGCUGCGGUCGGCUGGCAACAUGAAGAAGUUGCCCAAGGUUGGCCUCGUGUUUACCGGACAGGGCGCGCAGUGGUAUGCCAUGGGACGCGAGCUGUACUCGCAUCCUGUCUUCCGCGAAAGUUUGGAGGCUGCGGGCCGGCACCUUGCCCGGAUCGGAGCGUCGUGGUCCCUCGUCACAGAGAUGUGGCGGGACGAGAAAGACUCCCGCCUCGAGUCGGCCGACCUAAGCCAGCCUAUCUGCACGGCCCUUCAGGUUGCCCUCGUGGAUCUCCUGCGGCACUGGAACAUCAAGUACGACGCCGUGGUGGGCCACUCGAGCGGAGAGAUUGCUGCCGCUUACGCCAAGGGCGCCCUCACGCGUGAGAGCGCGUGGGAAAUCGCCUACCACCGCGGCCAUCUCUCGAGCUGCAUCCGAGGCUUCGCUCCCGGCCUCCAGGGCGCCAUGCUGGCCACCGGCCUCGGCCCUGAGGACGCCGAGAAGUACAUUGCCCGUCUUACCAAGGGCAACGCGACCGUCGCGUGCAUCAAUAGCCCCGCGAGCACGACCCUGUCCGGGGACGCUGACGCCAUUGACGAGCUCGAGCAGCUGAUCAAGGCGGACGGGGCCUUCGCCCGCAAGCUUCGCGUCGACGUUGCCUACCACUCUCCCCACAUGCACGUCAUUGCUGAACAGUACCGCCAGGCGCUGGGCGACCUGGUGCCCCUUGCCGAGGCCGACAACGACGACGAAUACUCCCGGGUCCGCAUGUUCUCGUCCUUGACGGGACAGGAGGUCAAGAACAGUGAGCUGGGCGCGCAGUACUGGGUCGCGAACAUGACGGGACAGGUCAACUUCCUCGGAGCCGUGCAGGGCCUGCUGUCGUUCUCGGACGAUAAGGGAACCGGCAAGCGGCGGGCAGCCAAGAAGGCGUUUGUGCAGCACCUGAUCGAGGUCGGCCCGCACGCGGCGCUCAAGGGGCCACUCAGGCAGAUCCUCGACCACGACAGCCUCAAAGGCCUGGCUGCAAGCGACGUCAGCUACGGCGCCGUGCUCCAGCGCGGCAAGGACGCCUGCGAAUCGGCUCUCGCGAUGGCCGGACGCCUCUUCCAGAUCGGCCUACCCGUCGACAUUAGCUGCGUCAAUGGCGACCCGGAGCCGGGUCGGUCCUUGGACGGCUUCCUCGUCGACCUGCCGCCCUUCAGCUGGAACCACAGCCUGAAGUACUGGUCGGAAUCUCACACGGCCAAGGCCCACAGGUUCCGCGAGCACCCGCGCAAGGACCUAUUCGGCUCCGAGACGUUGGAGAUGCUCGGCGACGAGCCCCGGUACCGAAACAUCCUCCGCGUGACCGAGGUUCCGUGGGUGCAGGACCACAAGGUGCAAGGCUCGAUCCUGUAUCCGGCCGCCGGCAUGAUGAUUGCGGCCAUCGAGGCCAUGCACCAGAGAGCCGACAAAAAUACCGAGAUUGAGGGCUACGAGCUGCGUGACGUGAUCAUCGGCAAGGCCAUCGUGGUGCCGCAAGACGAGGACGGCGUCGAGACCAUGCUCUCCAUUAAGCCCUUCCGCCUCGGCUCUCAGGCGCUCACGGCGGUCUGGAAUGAGUUCCGGCUGUACUCGCGCAAAGAGGUCUGGGAGCUGAACUGCUCGGGCCUCAUCCGGGUCCAAUACAAGUCCAAGCCGGCGGCAGCGGCAGAGAAGUCCGGCCUGCUGUUCGCCAACGAGGAAGCGCUCGCAGCACAGGAGCUCGCCGGCCAGUACCGGCGGGUGCGGCAAGACUGCUCCCGGACGCAGAACCCGCGACAUUUCUACGAGCAUCUGACGUCCAUCGGGCUGUACUACGGGCCCGUCUUCCAGAACAUCGUCGAGGCCAGGAAGGGCGACUUCGAGAGCGCGUGCAAGGUUACGAUCCCCGACACCAAGAGCACCAUGCCACACGGUUUCGAGUUCCCACACGUCAUCCACCCAGCCACGCUGGACGGCAUGAUCCAGCAGGCAUUGCUCGCCUGCACGGCCGUUGACGAGGAUCUGACGGUGGCCAUGGUGCCGACCGCCAUCGGGCGCCUGUACGUGUCGGCGUCGGUGCCGACCGAGCCGGGCCGCGUGCUGCCCGGCUUCGCGAGCACCGGGGAGACCGACGCUGGCACACGCGAGGCCCGCAUCGUGCUGGGCGACUCGGAAGAGUUUAACAAACCGCUCAUUAUCUUCGAGGGCGUCAGAAGCGCGACGCUGGCCAGCGCUGCUGCCGGCGAGGCCGCCGCCUCCGUCCUUGGCCUGCGCAAGCUCACCUCGGCAUUCCACUGGAAGCCUGAUCUGACGCUGCUGGAUAAGACGCAGAUCAAGGCGCUGUGCGAUGUUGAGGUCGGCGACAGGGGCCGCGUCGAUCGCAAGUUGCUCGAGGAGCUCGAGAUUGCGUCCCUCAUCUACAUCAAGCGUGUCAUGAAGGAGUGCCCGCGCGAGGAGGCCGAGGGCUUUGCGUGGAACUUCCGACUCUUCUGGGAGUACAUGGAGCAUUGCUACCAACGCGGCAAAUUGGGCAAGCUCUGCUACCAGACGCCCAACGCCAAUUGGCUCGAUAUGGCUCCUGAAGAGGAGGAGGCGCUCUUGGCCCGCGUGGCUGCUUCGUCCCCUGACGGUGCGGUGCUCAUCGAACACGGCGAGCAUCUGCCUGCAAUUCUGCGUGGCCAGGUGCCGCCGCUGCAGAUCCUGAUGCGCGACAACUUCCUGCAGAACUUCUACAAGGAUGGCCUCGACACCGAGAGGCACUACGCCCAGAUGGCCUUUUACAUCGGCCAGCUCGCGCACAAGAAUCCCAACAUGAAGAUUCUCGAGAUUGGCGCUGGCACCGGUGGCGCCUCGCUCCCUGUACUCGAGGCCCUCGGCGGCAACCACGGCACGGCGCCGCGUUUCGAGAGCUAUACCUUUACCGACAUCAGCAUUGGCUACUUUGAGAAGGCGCAGGAGAAGCUGGCGCCCUGGGUGCCCUUCAUGAAGUUUGUGAAGCUCAACAUCGAGGAGGAUCCCUUGACUCAGGGGCCGUUCGAGGAGGCAUCGUACGAUCUGAUCGUGGCGUCCAACGUGCUCCAUGCCACGCGCUUCAUUGAGACGACACUGAAGAACACAAGGAAACUGCUGAAGCCAAACGGAAAGCUUGUCCUCAGCGAGAUCACUAAUCCGUCCCAGAAGAUGCGCUCUCACAUGAUUGUCGGCUCCCUCGAGGGCUGGUGGUACGGGGAGGAGGACGGCCGCCACUAUGGCCCCACCCUGACCGUCGACCAGUGGCACGACGAGAUGCUCAAGGCCGGGUUCGAUGGCGUCGAGGUUGACCUUGGGAACUCUGAAGACGAGCGCGACCUCAACCUGUCCGUCAUGGUGACAAGCCCGACGGCGCCACAGCUGCCGGCGCCGCCCAAGAAGGUGCUGGUGGUCCUUCCUGCCGGUCCCGAACCGGACGUACAGGCCUUUGCCGACAAGAUGGCCGAGCGGCUUCGGGCUGCUGGGACGGCCAACGUCGUGAUUCUGAAGCUGCAGGAGGCGGCCGGCCUAGACCUUGAUGAGGACAGCAACAACUUCACGUCUUGCCUGUUUCUGCUGGACGCGCAGCGGCAGCGCCCCUUCCUGCCCGAGGUGUCGACAGAGGACUGGGAGGCCCUGAAGAAGCUCAUGCUCCAGUCCUGGGACGUGACGUACGUGACGCGCGGCGGCACCGUGCACAGCGAGAAUCCAUCAGCCAACCUCAUGAGCGGCAUGGCGCGGAGCAUCCGGUCCGAGACGCCGGGGCUGGGACUCGCGACGCUCGACCUCGACUACAACAAGCCGCUCGACUCCGAGGACACGGUGCAGGGCGCCUACAAGGUAUUUGUCACGGCGUGCGCCGCGCGCGACGCCGCCCGCCCGGACUGGGAGUACGCGGUGCGCGACGGCGUGCCCAUGGUGCAGCGCAUCCUGCUCGACAAGGAAAUGAACGACAUGUGCCUGCGUUACAGCGUGCUGCCCAAGCCCGAACCGGCACCAUUCCGACAGCCUGGCCGACCGCUCAAACUCGAAGUUGGCACGCCCGGCAGGCUCGACACGCUGCGGUUCAACGACGACCCGACUGUUUCGGAGCGCGUGCCGCUGGGUGAGCGCGAGGUCGAAAUCGAGAUCAAGGCCGCGGGCCUCAACUUCAAGGAUGUCAUGGUAGCCAUGGGCCAGCUCUCGCAGCCCGCGCUCGGCGUCGACGCUAGUGGGGUGGUACUGCGCGUUGGCGACGGCGUCACCGCCGUGAAGGCCGGCGACGCCGUUUUCACGUGGAAGCUCGGCACCUUCGGCAACCUCACACGUGCCCACGAGUCCAUGGUGCAGCCCAUCCCCCGGGACAUGGACUUCGUGACAGCAGCCUCCCUGCCCGUCGUCUACAGCACAGCCCACUAUGCCCUCUCGCGCGCCGGGCGGUUGCGCAAGGGAGAGAGCAUCCUCAUCCACAGUGCCGCCGGUGGUGUGGGCCAGGCGGCAAUCAUUCUCGCGCAGCACAUUGGGGCCGAGGUGUUUGUGACGGUCUCGUCCGAGGCCAAGAAGCAACUCCUGAUCGACCGGUACGGCAUCCCCGAGGACCACAUCUUCAACAGCCGUGACACGAGCUUCGUCAACGGUAUCAAGCGCCUCACCGCUAACAAGGGCGUCGACGUCGUCCUCAACUCGCUUGCCGGCGAGCCGCUCCGGCUCACGUGGCGGUGCAUCGCCCGCUUUGGCCGCUUCGUCGAGAUGGGCCAAAAGGACAUCGUCGGCAACACGGGCCUCGACAUGGAACCAUUCCUCCGCAACACCUCCUUCCAUGCCAUCAACCUGCUGGACCUGCUCGACCACGACCCGCCCACCGCGGCUGAAGUGUUCGCCGAGGUUGCGGCGCUGCUCCGUGACGGGGUCGCACAGCCGGUCGCGCCCAUCACGUCCAUGCCCUUCUCCCGCGUCGAGGAGGCCUUCCGCACGAUGCAGACGGGCAAGCACCUGGGCAAGAUCGUGCUCGAGGCCGUGGACGACGACACGGUUCCCGUGAUCCCGGCGCCACUGCAGCCGGUUCAGUUCGCGCCCGACGCAACGUACGUCAUCGCCGGCGGCAGCGGUGGCCUGGGACGCGCCACGGCCGAGUGGAUGGUGCGGUCCGGCGCGCGCAACAUCCUGCUGCUGUCCCGCUCGGGUACCGCCAAGGAGAGCGUGCGCCAGCUGCUCGUCCGCCUCGAGGCGCAGGGCGCCAGGGUGGCAGCACCACCUUGCGAUGUCGGCGACAGGGAGAACCUGCGCCGCGUGCUGGACCAGUGCGCCGCCGAUGGCUGGCCCAAGGUUUGCGGCGUAAUCCAGGGCGCCAUGGUUCUGCGCGAUGCGAUCUACCAACACAUGACCAGGGAGCAGUUCCUUGGCGCCACGCACGGUAAGGUCCAGGGCAGCUGGAACCUGCACGAACUCCUGCCGGCAGACCUCGACUUCUUUGUGUUGCUGUCGUCGUCUGUCGGCAUCGCCGGCUCGCGAGGCCAGGGCAACUACUCGGCCGGCAACGCGUACCAAGACGCGCUGGCGCACUACCGCCGGGGCAAGGGCCUCAACGCGUGCUCUAUCGACGUGGGCAUGGUGCUCGGCGUGGGCUUCCUCGCCGAGGAGACGACGGCGGAGCGCGUGCACGAGAACACAAAGUCGUGGAGCUUCAUCGGCAUCCGCGAGCCCGAGUUCUUCGGCAUCCUGCAGGCCGCCAUCACGGGCACCAGCCUGCCCGGCGCGCCGCCAGUCAAGCCCCAGCUCAUCACGGGCCUCGGCACAGGUGGCAUGAUGGCCCAGGGCGCCGAAAAGUACCCCUGGUGGUUCAACGACAUGAAGUUUGCCCACAUUGUCCAGGUCGACACACACCAGGUCGUGGCGCAGGACAAGGUCGCCGACGCCGGGCAGCUGCAGGCGCUGCUCCAGCAGGCCACCAGCCUCGACCAGGCCGCCGACAUUGUUGCCGCCGCGCUGGUCAAGAAGCUGGCCAAGUCGAUGAUGGUGUCAGUCGAGGACAUCGAGGCAUCCAGACCGGUCAGCAGCUACGGCGUUGACAGCUUGCUGGCUGUCGAGCUGCGGUCGUGGAUUUACUCCGAGGUCCAGGCCGACAUCUCGGUGUUUGAUUUGCUCAGCAACAUUGCCAUCUCGUCGCUGGCCCGCAAAAUCGUCUCGGUUUCCAAGGCGGUGCCGGCCGCUAUUCUGGCCAACGAGUAAAGAGUCUGGUCAAACAGGAUGCCCGGGACUCUCACUUUCUUCUCUUCGAUUCCCCUGGCUCUUCACCUUUGGCUGUUUUCCUUCUGCCGUUUUUGGUAUGCUGUCCCGGGCCCGUUGUCAGCAAAACGUUUUAAAACACAACUGGUGGCCUGCCAAGCGUCAGAUUAUCCGAGUCGGUCUGGCGCUGGCUGGUGGAGUUCUUGAUUGAAUUGGGGGGACAAAGGCGUGGGGUGCACAGAGGUUCUUUGUUUGUACAAUACCUUGUAGUGAGUGUAAGGUAGCCGGCAGGUCCUUAAUCGUAGCAUAUAAUCAGG